AUGGAACAGAGCGAAACGGUGGCGAAUUACACGCCAAAGAAAUUGGCGCCACAGAAAUUGGAUUUCACGGCGCCGAUUUGUAGAACCGCGGCGGUGAAUGUGCCUCCGCAGACACAAACCCCGCCGAAGCCGCAAAUGCCUCCACCGCCGUAUCAAGCGCGGGAAGCGUCGCAGCAAGUGGCGGUGUCGGUGGCGCAACGGAUACCGCACCCGGUGCACAGGAUAUUGGCAAUGCCGCACAGUCGUUGUAGAGUUAGCAAGCAAAACUCACCUGGAUCACGGCCAGCGAAUGACUGCACUCCUAAGAAACCAAAGCAAUGUUGUGGAAUAUCUCGUCUUGAUUUGGGUGAAUACAUUGAAGAAGUACAGUUUGUUGGAUUUGGAAUUUUUAAGUAUUGCGAGUGCUUUGCUGCUGGAAUUCAUUGCAAUGGGUGCAACUGUUUAAAUUGUCAUAAUAAUGUUGAAAAUGAGAAAGAGAGGAAAGAGGCAGUUGAAGCAACCCUUCAGCGUAAUCCAAAUGCUUUUAGACCAAAGAUUGGUAACAGUCCACAUGGAUCUCGGGAUGCUACAGAAGAUGCAAAGGAACUUCAAAUGGUGGGAAAACACAAUAAAGGAUGUAAUUGCAAGAGAUCAGGGUGCCUCAAGAAGUAUUGUGAGUGCUUCCAAGGAAAUAUCUUAUGCUCUGAGAAUUGCAAAUGCUUGGAGUGCAAGAAUUUUGAAGGUAGUGAUGAAAGAAGGGCUCUCUUUCUUGGUAGUCCUCAUGGCACAACUUAUGCGCAACAGGCAACAAAUGCAGCCAUAAGUGGGGCCAUUGGAUCAUCUGGCUAUGGGACCACUUUGUCAUCCAGGAAAAGGAAAAGUGAGGAUCUGUUUGGCAUAGCAGCCAAGGAUCAAUCUCCUCACAGCACUGUGAAAUUCCCACAGGGAAAUACUCUGAGGAAUUCUGCUGCCUCUUCUUCUCCAUUAUCCGUCUCUGUUUCUCGCACUGCUAAUGGAGCAGUAUUGGGAUCAUCAAAACCCACAUACAGGUCCCCAUUGGCAGGCGUACUCCAACCAAAGGUUGUAAAGGAGAUCUGCUCACUCUUGGUCGCAAUUUCAGGAAAAGCUACAGAGGCACUUGCAGGAAAAAUAGGAAAAGUGGAUACACAGUCUGAGAGAGAGAACAUUGAAAUUUGUUCUGCUUCUCCCAUUCAAGAGAAGGAAAGUAGUCUAAAAGGAUGCAAUGACAAAAAAUCUAUGCCUGAUGACUGUCUAAAUGGGAGCAAAGCUGAAACAGAUGGAAGCAGUGAUUUGGGUGAUGUUGAGAAUGCAAGGACACCCUCCCCUGAUAUUGAUUUGAUGUGCCAUGAAGAGGAGAUUAUGUUUAUGGAAAUUGGAUCCCCAACCGGAGUGGCACAACUUCGUCAAGGCAAAACCCAGAAAUCAGAUGAUGGAUAUGAGUGCUCGGAGCUUCACGCAGAGCAGGAAAAGAUCAUCUUGACGAGUUUCCUCGAUAUUCUUAAUAGAGUGAGCACUUGUGGUAGCAUAAAAGUCACCCAAUCAGGAAACCAACAAGAACCUGCAGUGAGAGGCACUGUAAAAACUGGAACUGAAAUGGGAAAUCACAGGAAUGGAUAUGCUAACGGCAUUGUAGCAACUCUUGUUUCUAAUAGGGAUCUUCCUGUCAAGGCUGCAUCACCUGUUCAAAAAGAGACCACAAAAAGAAGUACGAUAACAGCCGGAAUUCAAAUGGGAAAUCGUAAGGCUCAUAGUAAUGGCACUGUGCAGUCUCCUGUUGUCGCAACUUUUGCUUCCACUGAUCUUCCUAUAAAGGCUGUAUCUCUUGUUCAACCAGAAUCUGCAGAGAGAGGCACCAAACAAGCCAGAACUGAUAUAGGAAACUACAACAGAUAUGGUAAUGGUACUGUGAAAUCUCGUGUUCCUAACACUGAUCUUCCGAUAAAAGCUGCAUCACCUGUUGAAAUUGAGAGAUAA